AACUCAUCGAGACUAUAAAAUGCAAAUGCCGUAACGACGCCUUCCGAAUCAUCGCGCGUCUCGAAGUUGUCGAUUCAUUUGUGAUUUGAUUUCGCCUCAUUCGCCGCUCGAAUCCGGUGGUGGCGAGGAGGUUUUAAUCAGGUGGAACCAUUUCAACUGGAUGUGGUGAAAUCUUCACCCUUGUAUGGUGGAAAAAUGAGUAACGUCUAUUACAGGACUGAAAGAUCUGCCUCAGUUCAAAAGAGGAAAGUGAAGGAGCUUAUGCUCAAAAGUGACAAUCGAAUCUGUGCUGAUUGCGGUGCUCCAGAUCCAAAAUGGGCGUCUGCUAAUAUUGGCGUCUUUGUCUGUUUGAAAUGCAGUGAUGUUCAUAGGAGUCUUGGGGAGGACAUUUCAAAGGUUUUAUCAGUGACUUUAGACGAGUGGUCUGAAGGUGAUAUUGAUUCCAUGUUUGAGGUUGGUGGGAACUCUUAUGCUAAUUCAAUUUAUGAGGCUUUUCUUCCCAAGGAUUAUCGAAAGCCUAGAUCUAACUCAAGUUAUGAUGAUCGGAGCAAAUUCAUCAGAUCCAAGUAUGAGACACAAGAAUUCUUAAAACCAAGUUUGCGUAUUGUGUCUUCGAAGAUGUCUUUCAGUUCUGUUGAAUCCAAAAAUAGCUUAAAUUACAGGAUUGACUCCAACAGUUCAACUAAGUCGGUAGAGAGCAGACAAUUCAUUGGAGAUUUAAAGGUCAAGGUUGUGAGAGGUUCAAAUUUAGCUAUCAGGGAUAUGUUUAGCAGUGAUCCAUAUGUUAUAUUGACUCUUGGGGAACAGAAAGCUCAGACAACAGUAAAACAGAGCAACUUGAAUCCAGUGUGGAAUGAAGAGCUUAAGUUUUCAGUUCCUGAAAAUUAUGUCACUUUGAAACUGCAAGUAUAUGACCAAGAUGUUUUUUCUGCCGACGAUAUAAUGGGUGAAGCUGAGAUUGAUCUUCAACCCUUGAUCACAGCUGCUAUGGCUUUCGGGGAUCCUGAGCUUCUCGGUAACAUGCAGAUCGGGAAAUGGUUACAGACAAAUGACAACGCACUUAUCGAUGACAGCACUAUCAACAUUAUAGAUGGAAAAGUAAAGCAAGAGGUCUUUCUGAAGUUGCAGAAUGUGGAGUCUGGAGAAAUAGAAUUAGAACUAGAAUGGACUCCGCUGGAUGAAUAGGUAUGAGUCUCCUUUUAUAUUACGUCGUAUUAGUAACCUUCUGUGAAAUGUAUUGUAGGUAUGUAGAUCAUAUCAGAUGCAAAGGCUUUCUAUCUCAUAUAAAAAUGUGUGAUUAAACUCUUA